ACCGCCCAGAUUCUCCCCAGUUCAGGAAGCUAGAAGUUUAUUGUUUCCUUGAUUUGCUGCUGCUCUUUUUUUUUUCUGUUAACCUGAUUUGAAACGAGUUGUUCUUCUUGGCGCCAGGGAGGAGAGGAGAACCUUCAGCCGUCGUUGCUCAAAGGAGGUGUCCUUUUUGUGUGUAAAGAAAGCUUUUCGUGUCAGUGUACGGAAGACAGAGGGGGCAGGACGUAAAGUUUACACAGUCAACUGAAGAUGUUAGCCUCAACUCUUCCCGCUAACCCCUUUACUGAGCACCAUGAUGACCACGACCAAAAGGUGGACAAAUACCUGCACCAGUUCAAGUUGUCAGACGAGACUUUGAUGGAGUUGUCUAUGAGAUUUCGGCGAGAGAUGGAUAAAGGCUUAUGCAGGGACACGAAUCCCACAGCCGCUGUCAAGAUGCUGCCAACAUUUGUGCGCUCCACUCCUGAUGGAACAGAACAAGGAGAAUUCCUGGCUCUCGACCUCGGUGGAUCUAACUUCAGAGUUCUCCUGGUCAAGGUUAAGGGCAAUGGCGAGCAGAAGGUGGAUAUGGAAAGCCAGAUUUAUGACAUACCUGAGCUUGUCAUGACAGGCAGUGGCUCUGAGUUAUUUGACCACAUUGCCGAGUGCCUGGCCGAUUUUGUGGAGAAGAUGGGCAUAAAAGAUAAAAAGCUUCCUCUGGGGUUCACCUUCUCUUUUCCCUGCCAACAGACCAAAUUAGAUGAGACAAAAUCAACUGUCCACAAAACAGGCUUCUACCCACACUUGUCUUUGCUGACAUCGUAUCAGAGCAUCUUGAUGUCUUGGACCAAAGGCUUCAGGUUGAGUGGAGUGGAAGGAAAGGAUGUAGUCAGCCUUUUGAGGAAUGCCAUCAAAAAACGAGGGGACUUUGACACUGACAUUAUGGCAGUGAUCAGCGACACAGUGGGAACCAUGAUGACCUGUGGCUUUGAUGACCGUCACUGUGAAAUUGGCCUUAUCGUGGGAACGGGCACCAAUGCCUGUUACAUGGAACAGAUGAGGAACCUUCAGCUGCUGGAUGGAGACGAGGGCCAGAUGUGUGUAAAUACGGAGUGGGGAGCUUUUGGAGAUGAUGGUGCCCUGGAGGACGUGCGCACUGACAUUGACCGGGAAAUCGAUGCAGGCUCGUUGAACCCUGGCAAGCAGCUGUUUGAGAAGAUGAUAAGUGGGAUGUACAUGGGGGAGCUGGUGCGUCUCAUCUUGGUCAAGAUGGCCAGAGAUCAACUGUUGUUCCAGGGAAACAUUACGCCAGAGCUUCUGACCACUGGACACUUCAGCACCAACUACAUCUACACUAUCGAGAGUGACAAAGAUGAAGAAGGUCUGGCCAGCGCUGAGAAGGUGCUCCGUGACAUGGGUCUGGACCCGACCGCCGAAGACUGCGCCGCUACUCGGAGGAUUUGUCAGAUCGUGUCUACUCGGGCCGCGCGCUUGUGUGCCACCAGUCUGGCAGCAGUGAUGCGACAGAUCCGGGAUAACAAAGCAGCCGAAAAGUUGCGCAUCACCAUCGGAGUAGAUGGCUCCGUUUACAAGAACCAUCCAAAAUUUUCCAGGAGGCUCAACAAAAUGGUGCGGCGCCUUGUGCCAGACUGUGACGUGCGCUUCUUGCAGUCCCAGCAUGGCAGCGGGAAAGGGGCCGCCAUGGUUACAGCGGUGGCCUACCGUCUCGCCGCUCAGCAGGCCGAGCGGCAGCGCAUCCUUGACACCCUGCGUUUGAGUCGGGAGCAGCUCUUUGAGGUGAAGAGGAGAAUGACGGAAGAGAUGGCACGAGGCCUGUCGAAGCAAACACAUGACCAAACAAGCGUCAAGAUGCUUCCGACGUAUGUCAGAUCCACCCCGGACGGAACAGAGCAAGGAGAUUUCUUGGCUUUAGACCUUGGUGGAUCCAGUUUUCGUGUUCUUCUUGUUCGGCUGAGACAUGAAAAGAAGCUAAAAGUGAAUAUGCACCAGAAGAUCUAUAGUAUCGACCAGGAGACCAUGCAAGGCACAGGGGAAGAGCUCUUCAACCAUAUUGUGUACUGCAUUGCUGACUUCUUGGACUACAUGGGAAUGAGAGGAGCCUCCUUACCUCUGGGAUUUACAUUCUCUUUCCCAUGUGAUCAAACCAAACUGGAUGAGGGCAUUCUUCUGAAGUGGACAAAGGGUUUCAAAGCCAGCGGCUGUGAGGGGAAAGAUGUCGUUAAGUUGCUUAAAGAGGCUGUCCAGCGCAAACAGAAAUUUGACUUGAACUUUGUGGCGGUGGUUAAUGACACAGUGGGGACCAUGAUGACCUGUGCCUAUGAGGACCCCAGAUGUGAGGUGGGCCUUAUUGUAGGCACAGGAACCAAUGCCUGUUACAUGGAGGAAAUGCAAAACAUUGAAACAGUGGAGGGGAACGAAGGCCGCAUGUGUGUCAAUGUGGAGUGGGGAGCAUUUGGUGAAAAUGGUGAACUGGACGACUUUUGCACGGAGUUUGAUCAUGCUGUCGAUGAAUGCUCCAACUAUCCAGGGAAACAGAGGUAUGAGAAGCUGAUCAGUGGCAUGUACCUUGGAGAGAUAGUGAGGAAUGUGCUACUGGAUUUCACCGCUAAGGGUCUGCUGUUCAGAGGCAAAAUGUCAGAGCGGCUGAAGACACGGGGCAUCUUCGAGACCAAGUUUUUGUCACAAAUUGAAAGCGACCGCCUGGCCAUGCGUCAGGUCCGCUCCAUCCUGCAGCACCUGGGCCUCACCGGGUCCACGUGUGAUGACAGCGUUCUGGUGAAGGAGGUGUGCAGCGUUGUCGCUCGCCGUGCAGCCCAGCUCUGUGGCGCCGGUUUAGCAGCCCUUGUUGACAAGAUACGGCAGAACCGCAACCAGAAUCAGCUCUCCAUCACCGUGGGAGUGGACGGCACCCUUUACAAGACGCACCCUCAUUUCUCCAGCAUCAUGCAGGAAACCCUGCAGGAUUUGGCCCCACAGUGUGAGGUGACUUUCCUCAAGUCGGAGGAUGGCAGCGGCAAAGGAGCAGCGCUCAUCACAGCUGUGGCCUGUAGAUUCAAGAGCGAGAAGCUGCUAUGAAUCCACUGGACGAGAGCGGAGCUGCAAGGGGUUUCUUCCUUUGGGUCGACACAUACUGUGCAGUCCAUCAAUAUUCUGUAGUUUAGAGUUUUCUGCAUGUUUAUCCCAUGUAGGUGUCUAAGUUUUAGGGUAUGACGCGAUGCUGUGCCGGAGGUUGGGUGUAAAUUAAGCUCAGAACUCACAGCUCUGCUGUGUGGUAAUGAAUCUACACCUUGAGUCAGACUUUACUGUUACGAGCAUUGGACCUUUGUUUUUUGUACACUCCCCAAUUGUCUUUUAUUUUUAUACCCACAUUGUAGUUGUUUAGUGAGUCAACUUUGAAUAAUUCGACUUUUAGCAAAUUUACAGUAUGAUGAGUUCAGAAAAACCCUUUAAUAGACCAAAGACGAGCAGAUCAGGACAUGAAGCAGCUAUUUUAGUAUCUCUUUGAUAACUUUAAGUUUUAAAAGAAUUUCACAUUGAAUGUUAGAAGGUACGCACAAAUGUUUUUUUUUUUUUUUAAACCAUUUUGGGGGUGUUGUGUUUUAAAAUUGUACCGUUGGCCACAGGUAGGCCUGUCACGAUAACAGAUUUUGCUGGCCGAUAAAUCUUCUGAAACAUUAUCGCGAUAAACCACAAUAUUGUCAUUUGGAGACCUUUUUCAGAUAAUAUGAUAAAUGACAUAAUAAUCCAAGUAUAUCCGCUUGACACAUAACGGCACCAAUUACAUUUUUCUUCAAACUAGCGUUUCUGUGGCUCUCUCUCACGAGGCCCUCAUGCUAAACUUUGAGCAUGUGCCUACCUGACGCAUGAUUUAACUCCUCCUACACUGAGGAAACGAGAAGGGGCGGGGGGUAAAUAGACACCGAUGCACCGUACUGAAACCUUUUGUUAUCUACAAAAAAGAAACCCAUGGGGGGGGAAAAAGUAAGCAUGCAUACACAAAUUAUCAACCUUAUAUUAAUUAAUCACGAGAUUAAAUUAAUCGUGACUAAUUGAUUUACUGAUUAUCGUGACAGUCCUAGCCACAGGUUGAGAGCUUGUUAACAUGCUCAAAAAACCAAAACUGUUUUUAAAACUUGAGAAAACUGUGAAUGUUUUAGGAGGCAGCAAAUAACUGGAAGUAAAAAUAAUUCCAACUGUGUUGUACUGAUUGCUCCAAGCUUAUGGUCUGUCCUAAAAAGGAAAAUAUCAACAGUUCCAGAUAAAGCAAGGAAUAAAUCGCAGGGGCCUUGAUUUGCUUUCCCGAAAGGGAAGAAACCCGAGGUGAUCCCAACGAGGGCAGACCUGUUGCUGGGAGGUGGAGAAGCUGAAGAUGAGAAAGAGAACAAUCUGCACCCUGGCUGGACCCGUCAGUUUCAUAUUCUGCACAAAAAAUGUAUUUUCAUGCUUUUGAACACAUUGAUUAACUUACAAGGGAAAGAAAUCCCCUGAAAACAUAAACAGUUAUUGAACCACUGUAAAUGCUUCAUUUUCAUUAUUUCAUCCAACCAAGGCCAACAUAAUAAAUCUUGUCCGGCUA